AUGUCUGCCGACAAGGGUAGUGCCUCGACUCUCGACUUGGAAAAGGUCCAAGACCACGACGUCGCCGUCGUUGAUACCCGGGAUGUCCCUGAAUUCGAUGACCCCAACGGCGACCCCGAUGCUGCCAUCGAGGGCCUUGCUGAGGACGAUUCGCCCUACCCUGAAGUCCGUUCUGCUGUCGCAAACACUGACGAUCCUACUAUUCCGGUUUCUACUCUUCGUGCUUGGGUUAUUGGUCUCAUCUGGGCUAUCCUCAUUCCUGGCCUCAACCAGUUCUUCUUUUUCCGUUACCCUUCCAUCACUGUCACUGGCAUUAUUGCCCAGCUGCUUUCGCUUCCCGUUGGUCGCCUCUGGGCACGCAUCGUCCCUAAUGUUACCGUUUUCGGCGUCGCACUCAACCCAGGGCCAUUCAACAUCAAGGAGCAUGUGCUGAUCACCAUCAUGGCUACUGUCGGUGCUGGUAGCGCCUACGCCACCGACAUUGUUGCUGUGCAGCGAGUAUUCUACAACCAAACCUACAACUUCAGCUUCCAGUGGCUUAUGGUCAUGAGCACUCAGCUGAUCGGCUUCUCCAUCGGGGGUAUUGCUCGUCGUUUCCUUGUCCAGCCGCCAUCCAUGAUCUGGCCUGCUAACCUUGUCUCUUGCGCUCUUUUCAAUACCCUGCACUCCACCGAGUAUGCCGGUAUUGGUACUCGCGGAGGAUACAGCCGAGAGCGCUUCUUCUACAUUGCGUUCGCAUGCUCAGCAGUCUGGUAUUUGCUUCCUGGCUACCUGUUCACCGCGCUUUCCUACUUCUCGUGGGUCUGCUGGAUUGCGCCCAACAACAAUGUUGUCAAUCAACUAUUCGGUGUCAACUACGGCCUUGGAAUGAGUCUGUUCACGUUCGACUGGGCCCAGGUCGCCUACAUCGGCUCGCCUCUUGCCACCCCAUGGUGGGCUGAAGCCAACGUCGCAGCUGGAUUCGUUUUCUUCUUCUGGAUUCUUACACCUGCCCUCUACUUCUCCAACGUCUGGUACAGCAAAUAUAUGCCCAUCUCCAGCCGUGGCUCCUUCAACAAUCAUGGUCGCACCUACUCUGUGGCUGCUAUCCUUAACGACGAUCUCACGUUCAACGAGGAGAAAUACAAGGCCUACAGUCCUCCUUUUCCUCUCAAUGACUUUUGCUUUGUCAUACGCCUCUUCUUCCGCAAGCAGAUCUGGACUCAAUCUCGUCGUGCGAUGCACGAGCAGCCAGAUAUCCAUGCGCGCUUGAUGGCCGUCUACCCCCAGGUGCCUGAAUGGUGGUAUGCAAUCAUCUUCGUUUCCAUGUUUGUCUGUGGAAUCAUUGUGGUCGAAGUCUGGGACACCAAGUUCCCUGUUCAAUACUUCAUCCUCGCUCUCGUGAUUGCUUUCGUUUACGUUAUUCCCAUCGGUAUGAUCCAAGCUAUCACCAAUCAACAAGUCGGCUUGAACGUCAUCACUGAGCUUAUCAUUGGGUUUGUUCAUUUCGCUGCUCCACUUCAGCCCGUUAACGAAGAUGUCAGCUAUGCACUUCCCGGCCACCCUGUCGCGAUGAUGAUGUUCAAGACCUGGGGCUAUAUCACCAUGGCACAAGCCCUGACGUUCACAAGCGACUUCAAGCUCGGCCACUACAUGAAGAUCCCUCCCCGUGCCAUGUUCUGGGCCCAAGUUGUCGCAACAGUUAUCGCCGGAACCGUUCAACUCGGUGUCCAGGCCUGGAUGUUCACCAACAUCGAGGGCAUGUGUGAUUCAGAACAGAAGAACGGCUUUACUUGCCCCAGCACUCAAGUCUUCGGUACUGCCAGCAUCAUCUGGGGUGUGAUUGGUCCGGCUCGCCAGUUCUCCAAGGGACAGGUCUACUACGGCCUUGUCUUCUUCUUCCUCAUUGGCGCUGUCACGCCGCUGAUUUCCUGGCUCAUCCACUUGAAGUGGCCCAACAGUUUCAUCCGUUACAUCAACUUCCCCGUCAUCUUCUCGGGAACUGGCUACAUCCCCCCGGCGUCUGCUAUCAACUACGUUUCGUGGGCAUUGGUUGGGUUCAUCUUCCAAUACGUUGUUCGCCGUCGUCACUUCUCGUGGUGGACCAAGUACAACUACGUCCUGUCUGCUGCCCUGGAUGCCGGUGUUGCCGUCUCCGCGGUUCUCAUCUUCUUCAUCCUGCAGUACCCCAAGGGCGGCACCAUUGGCGAGAACACGAUUCAGACCUGGUGGGGCAACACCGUCUACAGCAAUACCCUCGAUGGUUCCAGGGUUGGUCUUCUCAAGGUGGCUCCCGGGGAAACUUUCGGUCCCACUUCGUGGUGA